AUGCAUAAUAACCGGUUCCUGGGGAAAGAGAUGAAAACGCCAUAUACGUGGUAUCAAAGGAUAUCAUACAAGAUCGUGCCAAGCAUACAACGUGUUUAUGUGUCUCGUGACCAUAUCGAUGGCAGGACAAAGGCCAUCUGGCCUGCUGUAUUAGUACUUGGCCUGCUGUGCACCAAUCCCGUUCGAUUGGCCAAGACCGGCUGUGCAUCAACCCCAAGGCCAUCCAAUGAUAAGCGCUCCCUCCAUGGCCAAAAGAGGCACAUAUUUAAUGCUGAUGUGAUCAAAACGAGAGAACUUCGUGACUACAACGAGGGAAUGGCCUCAGGUAAUGGCGUGGCACUACAAGCUGUACACGGUAUCUCUUCCAUUCCAUGGGUAUGGGUAGUUACUGGCUGGUCUGAAGUUAUCUGGAUUGGGCCCAUGUUCCGUGGGGCCCUCUGCCCUCCACGCACACCGUUGGGAGAGAAAAAGGGAACUUGGGAUACGACUCGCUGGCUUACGAUAAACCCCGUGAGGGAGAAUGGGGAUAUUUCUGGUCAAAAGAUCGUCUAUUCCAAGGCCAAUGCGGAGUAUGCGGCCAUUGACGCCCAUUUUAGCCUGUGA